CUUUAUUCUCCAAAGCCUAGUUCACCACCACCACCCUUCUGAGGAGAAGCGAGCGCCCAACGGGGAGAAUCAGUUCGCUCUUUGGUUCAAAAGCAGUCAGUUGCUGCCGCGCCGUAUCCUCGCCGCGUCGAGCUUUUAUCACGUGCUCCAAAGUAGAGUCACAUUCAUUCAUUCAUUGAUAAUAAGCUACGAUGACAAUCUGAUGACUGAAUCGUAUAUUCUGUAACUAAAUCACGAUUCGCUACAACGACAUCGCGAUAUUAUUCAGUGAAUUUUCUAAUCGCAUGUGCACAGAGGGUGAUACAAUUUAUUAGAAAUUGAUAAGGGGAAAAUUCGAAUAAAAAUUGAUAAGAAAAAGAAAGGAAAUCGGGCUCAACGGACGAGGAUAAAAUUAAACAAAUAAAUAGAUUGAUGAAUAAAUAUUCAUAUGUACAGAGAGACGGUAUAUUUGUUCUUCCGAGUAUUAAAGUAUUGUGAUAUUACGUAUAUACGCAAUAUACGUAUUUAAUUAAUCGUGUGUUGAUUGGGUCAAUUCUCAGGAAUGCAAUUAUACGCUGAGAUAACUCGGGCACCGGAGACUGCAGCGCUGAUCAAGAUUCGAUGUAGAAUACCGGAAAAGUGAAUGUAGCCUGCCUUGGUCAAUAAGUAUCCAUAUGCCUUCGCUUUGGUUGCUUUUGAUGAUAAUUUUGGCGCCAAUAAUGCAAAUGACAUUAAUUGCGCCGGCGUUAUGUCAAAAACAUGUGACGGAAAAGAGGCAACCCUUUCUGAUGGAGGACAACCUGCAAUCUUCUUCUUCUUCUUCUUCUUCUUCGUCGUCGUCGUCGUCCUCAUCGGGUCGUAGUUAUCAGGAGAUGCAUUUCAAUCUGAAUUUUUCGUGCGUGUGGUCGGGUGGCGUUAGAAACUCAUCGCCAUGUUUCAACGCCGUGAAGAUACUGCCGAAAAACAUAUCGUUGGAAAAAACAAGUAUAUAUUCGAAGACCGAAGAAUUUAUCAGCAAGAUAACGCGAUUGCUGCCGGAAUCGGUCAAUCUGAACGUUCCCGGUGUUGCGAGACACGCUCAGCUGGACGUGAAAAAUCGAAGGAAAAAUCAGAGGAUAGAAAAAAGACUGCAAAUCGGCAUUUAUCAUCGUCACAAUAUCGAUCCCAGUCAGGAUUUGUGCUCCUGGGAUCGCGACGAUCUUUCCAUUCAGUCGCGGGAAUCUAACGAGUCAAAAUCAAGCGGAGCAUUGAACUUGGAGAAUACAAAUAAUAUCGAAACUCGCGACAAUCAAUCGCAGACGAUUGUCAACGAAAAUUGUACUUACCAAUCUAUCGAUACUCUUAACUGUCUCGACGACGUCAUCGCCCAGUUCAGAUUAUCGUGGCCCGUUCAUCUUUGGCUGCCUCAAAAUUUCGCCACAUUCAACGCCCACUGGUUAAAAUUUCCGCCGCCGUCUCCAGCCGCACAUUACACCCUGGCGGUCCUUUACGCUGUCAUAAUGGUAUUCGGUGUGUUCGGCAAUACUUUUGCCAUUUACAUGUUUUUGCGGUGCCGUCCUCUGCGAACUCCCGCCAAUAUUCUGGUAAUGAAUUUGGCGAUAAGCGAUCUCAUUCUACUAUGUAAAAUGCCAGUAUUUAUAUACAACAGUAUCUACAUGGGUCCAGCACUCGGAAAUUUUGCUUGUCAAGUCUAUGGCUUCCUGGGAGGUAUGACUGGCACCGUAUCUAUAGUAACUCUAGCCAGCAUAGCAGCCGACAGGUACAACGUGGUAGCCGAGCCAUUCAGACGUACGACAUACGCCAGGGCACGAAUUACGGUCGCCUUGACCUGGGUUUACGGGGCAACAUUUGCGGGACUACCUCUGUUAAUUCCGAGCCUAGGAGGUUACAAGCCCGAAGGUUAUUUGACCAGUUGCAGCUUUGACUAUCUCACACACGACCCAAGGGUGAAAGCCUUCAUUUUGUGUUUCUUCGUUGCCGCUUGGGUCCUGCCGUUUUGUCUCAUAUCGUUUUGCUACCUCGGUAUCCUCCGCGUUGUGAUGGCCGCGCGUCACAUGAACAUUGGCGAUCAAGUUGCCGAAACUUCGAACAAGCACUGUCGGGAGGAGGAGAAAAGACGUACGGAACUUAGAUUGGCGUUCGUUGUGAUCGGUAUUAUCGGUAUGUGGUUCGUUUCGUGGUCUCCUUACGCGGUAGUCGCUCUCCUCGGGGUCUCGGGUCAGAGUCACUUGGUCACGCCGCUCGCUAGUAUGGUACCGGCGUUAUUCUGCAAGACUGCAUCCUGUCUGGAUCCGUACGUUUACGCCGUAACUCAUCCACGCUUCAGGAGCGAACUCCAUCACCUGACAAAACGGAGUCGUCGCAAACGUUCCGCCAGGCAGUGGAGUCCUCAACAUCGGCGCCCUAUCGUUGGCCCACGAGUUUCUCGGGUGCAGGACGACCUGGACAACGGCGUCGAAGAGGAAAUUCAGUGCCUGGAGAGGAUCGAAAUAAUAUCAACGGCUUCGCGUCGUUCCAUAUCGAUGUGGAGGGACACGACUAAUUGUUCAUCCGUGAAGACAACGAGCUGCUCAUAUCAAUCCAGAGGAGGAGAAAGAAUAGGAGGAGUAAGCAGAGAAGAAACAGGGGGGGUAGCCGACGUGGUCUGUUACUGAUCGCUGAAUCAAUUCCCUGCAAAAACCGUUCAGACAUACUGCAACGUAACACGACGACGAUCAUUCUCAACUUCUAUUCCGAAUCUGCUUUCAACUUACGUCAUUUUAUCAGCAAGUAUACCCCUCCUACCUCCUCCUCCUCCUCCUCCUAUCCUCCCCAUUUUAUUGCACAAAUAAGGGUUAUUGAAAUGGCGUACAUUCAUGUACAUAGAUUUCCUGCUGCGAAGUACCUCAUUAUAAUUCGAUAAUUGAUCUUAUCGUUGGUCGAUCAUUUUUUUUUGUUUAUUACCGAUAAGAAUAAGUCCAAAUUAUUUUUUCCUCGCCCUGAAACCAGGUGUAUAAUAAAUAUAAUAAGUCGGUCGCAAUCUCGAUGACGCGAGAAAAGUAAUAAUAUUAAAAAAAAAAAAAAAAAUGAUUCAAAACGCAACGCGUACGAAUGUAAGUUUCAAUGAAUGUAUAAUUUAAUUCGUAGAAGAGAAGAGUAACUAACAAAAGAAACAGAUACCUAAUUAAGAAAUAAUAAUUAUCGUGCAGACUAUGCCCUCGGUGUAUUAAUAUAUCGUGUAUUGUACGGGGUGUCCAUUUAGAAAAAAGACGCAUUGGAAUAUUUGUGCGGAUUAGGAAUGGUGGCGAAUGAAUCUGUGACCUGUACCGUUGAUUGUUUUGCUUUUCUGUCGUUUCCCUUUGUUCCAGGCGAAAAUGUAAACAGUGUUCUGAGCCGAUGCCUCAUACCCUCGCUCAUACCUCUCUAAGAGUUAGACCGUAGUGGUCGCGAUGUGCCGGAAUACGUCGAGGAUCUCGUCUAUAUUUCGGGCGUACCUGGAGAAUUUUCAAGCGUUGUCAGACAUGGGGCGAUGUGUUCGGAUUUUUCUCGGCUUUGGAAGCGCAGUUGUUGUUCAGGUAUGUUUUGUUAAUGUAAAAACCUUAACGAAAUGAUGUCGAAAAUAUUUUUAUAGAAUAUAAUUUGUUGUUAACACUUUUCUCAAUGGCUGCGGGAUGUGUGGGGUUUGAAAAAAUAUUCUAAUGCGUAUUUUGCGAAUGUGACACCUUGUUUCGUUUGUACCCGGGUUACAGGGAUAUAUUUUUAUAUGUAAAAUCUAUGAUAUCGAUGGUAGUUUACGUAGUCUGAUAUGUAACGUAUAAUUAUUAUCGUAUCUGUAGUGUGACUUCGCCAUUUUCUUUCGCGUUUCCGUUGUUGUAACAUAGAUAUAGUUAGCUGCAGUUCAAUAUUAUGUAUACGUACGUACAAUCGUGAUGAGUAUUUUAUAUGAUAGAAUUAUUUUUCAUUACUUCUAAAAGUGAUGCUAGAAGUAAAUUUAUUACGUCAACGAUCUCGCUGCAGCGUACUAGUCCGUAAUAAAUAUUUCGUUCA